UCGCCCGUGCGGCAGCGGCUCGGGGAGUGUCUGCCGAGUGACCGGUCGCGAUAAGACCGCCCUGCCCGCCCAGCGCGCUUCUAUCACAACACGCCAGCAUGCCGGAGGUUCGCACUGUGGGUGUGUAGCUUCAGUCCGACAGUACAACAGACGAACUGUACAUACCGAGCGGAAGAGCCGACUGAGGGAACAUGUGGCUGCCUAUGAUUGGAAUGACCGCCCUGCCACACCUGGGAGGGCUCUACGGCGGUUACAUCACACGUAAAGAGGUGAAGACCUGGUACCCUACCCUGAAGAAACCAUCGUGGCGCCCACCAAAUGCAGCAUUCCCUGUAGUGUGGACGUGUCUGUACACAGGCAUGGGGUAUGGCUCCUACCUGGUGUGGAAAGAGCUGGGAGGUUUCACUGAGGAUGCACUGGUUCCACUGGGACUUUAUGGGCUGCAACUUGCUCUGAACUGGGCCUGGACUCCUAUUUUCUUUGGUGCACACAAGCUGAAAUGGGCACUCAUUGACAUUGUGCUUCUUACUGGGACUGUCGGCGCCACCAUGGCGUCUUGGUAUCCCAUCAACCGCACUGCCACUCUGCUCAUGGCGCCGUACCUGUCCUGGCUGUGCCUCGCCACUUCUCUCAACUACUGCAUAUGGAGAGACAACCGUGAGGAAAAAGAAGACAGAGCCACAGAAGAGAUAAAAAACUUUCAUCAGGUUAUUUAUCAUCCAAGUUCACUGUCUUAUUUUAUUUUUAAAAAAUGUGUGGUAAAAAGCUGACAUUUACAUAAAUUUUAAUAUAUAUGCAGUCAUAAUGUAGCACCAGUACAUGAACCAGACACAUUCAGCAGCUCAGACCACUAACAAGAACACACAACCCAAUAAAUGUAUCCUAACAAAAUAAUGUAGACAUUUUUUUUAAUGUGUAUCUGGAUCUGCAUCAAAAUUAACAGAGCUAGACAAUUGUAUGAUGAUUCUGCCAGAUUUUUUUCAGUUGAGUAAAUUCUGGAUUUCAUAAGAAAAUAAUGAAAACAUCGGAGGAUGUUCAGAAAUGUUUAUUUAAAAAAGACCAAAGCCUAAAAUCACUUGUUCCUCGGCCUGUGGACUUAGUGUUUCAACCAAACUUCAUUGAAAUUUCAACGACACAUUUUUGAUAUAUCUCAAAUAACAGACACAAAAACAAAACCUCGGUGGAGGGUAAACAUCAUUUUGCAAUUUAAAAUGUGUGUCUUCAGUUUUAUCUAUAGUCUUUUCAGUUUAAUUUGUGUUUGUGGAGUGAAUUCCUUUCCCCUCAC